CAAAAGAUCAUCUAAGAAGAAGAAGAAGAAGAUGAUGAUGAUGAUAAAGGCUGCUCCUUCAAAAGCUUUGGUUGUCCGGAUCAACUUGGUUUUCUUUGGAUUUUUCUUGAUUUUCUAUGCUACUCUCCUCUUCACAAAUUUCCCUUCCAUUGUUCUUAAUUGCCCUCCAAAGACAGAAGAUGGGUUGCAUAGGACGGCGGCGUUGGGAGAGCUGCGGGGAGAUGGGUCAACGGCGGAGCGGAGGAGGGCGGCGGCGGUGAAGCGGGAGAAGCCGAGUUUCUUGAACGAGAUAGGGGGAUCAGGGAUGAAGAUAGGGAUGGUGAACAUGGAGGACGAGGAUGUCGGAGAAUGGAAUCUCGACGGGGAGACAAUCACCGUCCGGUACGAGAAGGUGUCGGAGAAUCUGGAAUGGAAACGCCUGUUCCCGGAGUGGAUCGACGAGGAGGAAGAAACCGCCGCCGGGAAGCCGUCGUGCCCGGAGAUACCAAUGCCGGAGAUGGCGGACUAUCCAUACAUGGACCUUAUAGUGGCCAAACUGCCAUGCAACGGAACUUCGGCGGCGGCGGCGGGAGGGUGGGGGAGAGACGUUUUCCGGCUGCAAAUCCAUUUGAUCGCUGCAAAUUUAGCGGUGGCGAGAGGGCGGAGGGAUUGGUACAAGAAAACAAAGGUUUUGUUGUUGAGCAAAUGCCGGCCAAUGGUGGAGUUGUUCAGAUGUAAGGAGUUGAAGAAGCAAGAAAAUGAUUGGUGGUACUUUGAGGCUGACAUAAUCAAAUUGUCCCAAAAAGUUUCUUUGCCUAUUGGUUCUUGCAAUUUGGCCCUGCCUCUAUGGGGAAAAGGCAUGAACAAGGUUUAUGAUGUGUCCAACAUAGAAAAUACAGCAAUGGUAGCUGCUAAAAGAGAGGCUUAUGCCACAGUUCUCCACUCGUCCCAAGCCUAUGUUUGUGGAGCAAUAACUCUAGCACAAAGCCUCCUCCGAACCGGAACCAAACGCGACCUUAUCCUCCUCUUGGACAGCACUAUCCCCGAAACCAAACGCGAGGCGCUGGCCAAAGCCGGGUGGAAACUCCGGUUCAUCAAGCGGAUCCGAAACCCGAGAGCGGAGAAGAAAUCCUACAACGAAUACAACUACAGCAAGCUCCGAUUAUGGCAGCUCACGGACUACGACAAGGUAAUCUUCGUCGAUUCCGACGUCAUCGUCCUGCGCAACAUCGACGUCCUGUUCCACUUCCCGGAGAUCUCCGCCGCCGGGAACGACGGCUCGAUUUUCAACUCCGGCGUGAUGGUGCUCGAGCCGUCGAACUGCACGUUCGGGCUGUUCAUGCGGCGGGCGAACGACAUCGUUUCGUACAACGGCGGCGACCAGGGAUUCCUCAACGAGAUCUUCGUGUGGUGGCACCGGCUGCCCCGGCGGGUGAAUUUCCUGAAGAAUUUCUGGUCGAACUCGUCGGCUGAGACAACCCUAAAGAAUCGCCUGUUCGGGUCGGACCCUCCGGAGCUUUACGCCAUACAUUAUCUGGGCAUGAAGCCGUGGCUCUGUUACAGGGAUUACGAUUGCAACUGGGACAUCAGCCACCAACGCGUUUAUGCUAGCGACGUCGCGCACCGGACGUGGUGGAAAGUGCACGACGCCAUGGAUGAAAAGUUGCAGAGGUUUUGCGGGUUAUCCGAUUGGAGAAAGAUCCGGCUGGAGAAGGAAAGGAAGACGGCUAGAAAAAUGGGGUUCCCAGAUCAGCAUUGGAGGAUCAACGUCACUGACCCUAGAAGAUUUAACUAAUUUUUAUUUUCUUGCGCGAUUUUUUCAACACUGAUUAUUGUAUAAUGACAAAAUCACCUAAUUUAAUUAAUAACGCGUAUAUAUGUCUGAA